GGGAACAGAAAAACAACAGAAAGUGUUUGACACAUUAAAGCAGCAUCUUAUUUCACCACCCAUUAUUACUUACUCAGACUUUUCACAACCAUUCACUUUAUUUACUGAUGUCUCUGGACUCAGAUUAGGAGCUGUGUUAGCUCAAUAUGAUAGUAAAGGAAAAGAACAUGUCAUCAC